CUUCUUACUAUCAGAACACAACCGCUGCCUUUACAGAUUUAACCGUGUCACCCCGAGCUGCUGAUUACACACCAGAAACAGCAUCAAACCCCGGGUACAGGCCUGCUGUCAGCCUGGGACCCCCUCCGGAGGUCGGUCCGGAUCAUGUCGAGCCUCCAGCUGCUCAGAGUGGCCGUGAACGAGCGUCUGUCUGCGGCCGCGGAGGAGAUCUUCGAGGCGGUGAGGAAGACCAUCUCAAGCUACGAGGAAGAGAUCCGCCGGCAGCGCAGGAUGCUGCUGCUGCAGACAGUUUCAAAGACUGAGUUAAACAAGCACUCAGAUCAACCGCAGCUCGCUCUCUCCGUCUGGGAUGAGGAGUGGACCCCCGGUCUGGACCACGACGACGAUGAGGAGGAUCGCCUACAUGCUGAAAAGAGCCAGGAGGCCCCCCCGAGCAGCCAGGAGGGGGAGUCGCUGCAGGAGGACACCACCAUCAGGUUCAUCUUCACACCUCCGUAUGUGAAAAACGAGUUCGACACACAUCCGUCCGACUGUCAGAGCGCGAAGGAAGAAGGAGAUCCUGUACCCGGCACUUCAGCCGAGCAAGACCAGACUAAGGUGGAGGUUUCGGGCGAGGACGCGGCUUCCCCCACUUCUUCUGUUACUGAUAUUAGCGACAGCGAGUGGAGGGGGAGCGCCAUAUCUCAGAGCGAUGACAGCGAGAGUGAAAGCACCCCAAAGAGUAAGAUGCCCCGUCUACCAAUGGCGCCAAAACUGCACCCCACUAAAAAGCUUAAGUCCAGAAUCUGCUGCAAAGUCUGCGGGAAAGCCUUCCACGCCAUCGUCUCUCUGGUGAACCACAUGGAGGUCCACCCAAAGGACGUCUGUGGAGUCUGCGGGGAACAUUUGGAAACAGAAGAGACAUUUCAAGUCCACCUGAAGACACACGUGAAGGCCGAGGUCUGCAGAGUGUGUGGGAAAUGCUUCGGGGCCUCCAGCUCUCUGGAGACCCACAUGAGGAUCCACACGGGAGAGAAACCGUUCAACUGCAACGAGUGCGGCAAGUCCUUCAACUGCCGCCACAACAUGAUGCGGCACAUCCGGAUCCACACGGGAGAGAGGCCGUAUCCUUGCACCGUGUGCGGGAAAUGCUUCAACGACUACUCCACGCUGAAACGCCACCUCAUGAUCCACGUCCACAAGAAGAUCAGCGACCCCACGUCUGCGAAGGAAGACGAAAACGCCGACGAGAAGAAGGUGAAAACAUCAUCGCUGAAGAAGCAGCCGACUCGCACCAUAUGUGAGGUUUGUGGGAAAAUGUUCCACUCCAUGGUUUCUCUGGUGAAUCACGCCAAGAGUCACGCCACAGACCUGUGCGGCGUCUGCGGGAUGCACUUGGACUCCGAGGAAAACUUAAAAAUUCACCUGAAGACGCACAAAAACGGGAAAGUGUGCGAAGUGUGCGGGAAGUGCUUCGACAGUCAGGGGAAUCUGGAAAUGCACAUGAGGGUCCACACGGGGGAGAAGCCUUUUCUCUGCAACGAGUGCGGCAAGUCCUUCAACUGCCGGCACAACAUGAAGCGACACAUCAGGACGCACACCGGGGAGAAGCCGUACCUGUGCAACACCUGUGGGCGGGGCUUCAGCGACCACUCCACCCUGAAGCAGCACAGCAGCACGCACACGGGAGAGAAACCACACCGCUGUGAGAUCUGUGGGAAAGGCUUCCACCGAAAGACUUACGUACGGCUCCACAUGAAGAGCCACUCCACUGAGAAGUGACUGAACCAAUCACACGGAGGGGUCUCAAGCUGCUGUGAGAAACGAUUGGUUAGGGCUGCUUUUGGCGCCCCCCUGUGGUCACGCCGAGGAAACACUGUCUGACAAAACUCUCUUUUUUACAAAAUGGACCAAAUAACCUCUGAGGUACGAGGAAUCCUUUGUUUGCUUACACACAAGAAGGGUAAUAAAGAAAGAUCUCACACAGUAAA